AUGAUUAAAAUAAGGAAUUCAUUUUUUGGUAAAAAAUUUAAAAUUAUAAAAAUAGAAUCAUUAACUGAUGAUUAAAAAGCAGCAAUACCAUCAGCCUUAAUAAAUUUAAAUUUUAAAGCUGGAAAGAUAAUAGUUAAUGAAGGAGAUCAGGCUGAUUCAUUCUUUAUUAUGAAAAAAGGAGAAAUUUAAAUAUCUAGAGGAGGAAAGGAAACAAGAGUAAUGAAAGAAGGUGAAUCUUUAGGAGAAUAAGCUUUAUAUUAAAAUUCUGUUAGAGGAGCUACAGCUAAGGCUAUUAAAGAAGAUGUGACAGUUUUAGCUUUAGCAAGGGAUGAUUUAACUAGAAUAUUAGGAGAUAAGAUACAGUUGAUUAUGUAUAGUAAUCUUUAGAGAUGGGCAUUUGAGAGACAAGUUGUACUUAGUAAAUUGACAAAGUUGUAAGUAGAAAUAAUAGUCAGUAAUAUGUAAUAAAAAUAAAAGAAGAGUGAAGAAAUAAUCAUAGAGAAAGGAUAAGCUUGUAGAGAGAUAAUUAUUAUAUUGUAAGGGUCUAUAAAAUAUGGAAAAGAAAUAUUAGAAAAGGGAUAAAUGUUUGGAGAUAAAUUUUUAGAUUAAGGAGAAAAUGUUAAGUUAGGAGAUACAGUUAUAAUGAAAGAUGAAAGAAUGAUUGCAAUAAUUACAUUUAAAUAGUUUUUUGAGAUUAUUGGAGGAUCUUUAGAAUAAAUAUUUGCUAAGAAUGAAAAAAGCCCAUGAUAGAUUUAUAAAAAAAGAGGAAGGUCAAAAAUAAGAUGUUUUUAAGCAUUUUUAGUUGGAUUAAUUGAUUUAUGUAAAGAAAUUGGGUUUAGGAUAAUUUGGAAAUGUUUAUUUGGUCCAUAAUAAAAUGGAUAAAAAGAUAUAUGCUUUGAAAUGUAUAUCAAAAGCUUAAAUUAUUGAAUAAAAUCUUGAAAAGCAUUUGGCUUAAGAAAAAAUUAGCCUUAGAAAAUGUUAAUUUUCCAUUAAUAGUGCAUUUUGCUAGAAGUUUCAAAGACAGUAUUUAUAUUUACUUCUUGGAAUAUAUAUUAGGGGAGUUUGUCUGUAUGAGUUUAUGUGUGGAAAUGUUCCAUAUGCUGAGAUGCAAACGACCCGUAAAUUUGUUUAUGAAAUAUCUAUUAGAUAUGAAAUAUAUGAGGAAAUUUAAUAGAAAUAGUUAACAUUUCCAUCAGUAUUGAAGGAUAGAAAAGCAAAGAAAUUGAUAGAGUAAUUGCUUAGUAAAACACCAGAACUUAGAUUAGGAUCAUCUUAUGCUAGUUUGAAAAAUAACCCUUUUUUUGAAAGAUUUGAUUAUGUAAAUUCCAAUAUUUAAAAUUGAGGAUCUUCUCAUUAAUAGAGAAUUAAAACCUCCUUAUUUGCCGCCUAAAAAUAAAUUACAUAGUGAUAAAGAUGCUUAAAAAGCUAUCUAAGUUGGUAAAUUGAUUACCGAAAAAAUUAAAGUAUAGUGUAAUUAAUAGACUAGAAUGAUCUUGACACAGCCUAAAAUGUUUACAAACCUGAAAAGGCUCGUGAUCCUAAUUGGGAUAAGGAAUAUUGA